AGUGAGGUUGCCACUACAGACCAGCUACGCCUCCGCCAGUCCUCAUGCCGCGCUGUUCAUGUACUCCUCGUCAGGGGCUGAGGGGAGUGUGACGUUGUAGCUGAGGGAUACUAUAUAGUUAUUGUUGUUACAGGGGCUACAUGAUGUGCCGGGAGUGAGGUUGCCACUACAGACCAGCUACGCCUCCGCCAGUCCUCAUGCCGCGGUGUUCAUGUACUCCUCGUCAGGGGCCGAGGGGAGUGUGACGUUGCAGCUGAGGGAUGCUGACGACCUGGAUGACAAGAGCGGGCUGGGUGCGGUGCUAGCUCGUCUGCAUCAGGAGGACGCUACCCUCAGCAUCAGCUAUCAGGACACCGAGAUGCUGACGGAGGGCAGCAUAGACGUGCUGCUGGGCACCGGACCACUACACUCCUCUGGUAACGGAGCCAACUCGACGACGUUUGACCUGUUCGAGUCCGAGAGUGGACAAGAUCUCACCCUCUCGCCCCAGACAUUCACAAGCUCCACGGAGGCGUUCCUCAACGACAACUCCAACAGCUUGGGAGUUCCUGGGGCCGACACGGACACGGUGGGAAGUACUGAGGAUGCUAAGGGUACUCCGGACUCCAGCAAGCUAACUGUUAAGAAAGCCCGGCCUAAAGCGUCUUCGCCCAACCGUCAAGGCCCCCAGCAGUGUCAGGUUUGCGGAAAGGUGUUCGGGAACGCAUCUGCCUUAGCCAAGCACAAACUUACGCACAGCGACGAACGCAAGUACGUGUGCACCAUGUGUGGCAAAGCCUUCAAGAGACAGGACCAUCUGAACGGGCACAUGCUGACGCAUCGCAACAAAAAGCCUUACGAGUGCAAAGCAGAGGGCUGCGGCAAGUCAUACUGCGACGCUAGGAGUCUUCGGCGACACACGGAGAACCACCACAGCGGGAGCGGCUCUGUAGCGUCCAGCAGCACGUCGCCAGCGCCGGCGUCCCCUCUAGCAGCGUCGUGUAUACAGUACGCGCCACCGCCCUCAGCCAAGAACUCGCCCUCUCAGCUACAACGACUACUGGCCAGCGAGCCCGCGUCAUCGCCCACCACAACCAACACCAACACCAAGGGCUCGAGCUCGUCACAAUCCCCCAACAAUGACGGGCUGACGCGACAACAGCUAGAUCUGAUACACCAAAUCAUGCAGCAGACUCAGCAACAGGCAGCAGCACAGAAGCAGCAGAACAGUGCAUCUAGCAGCAGCAACAGCAGCAGUAGCAGUAGCAGCAGCAGCUCGUCUAGCAGCAAGACUUCCUCAGCGCCUGCCUCGUCCUCCUCGACGUCUGCCGCAGCCUCGUCCACCGUCCCUUCAGCCUCGUCCAAAACAAAGACGUGGACUGUUCAGACGAGUGCUUGUGCCACCAGUACCGCCAGCAAGGCUGUAGGACCCAACAAUUCAGUGACUCCGUCCACCCUCACCCCUACAUCCACCGCCUCCAGCACCGCCCCCACCGUCGCCAAGGCCGACCCCAAGCCUGUCGAGUGCAACCUCUGUCACCGCAAGUUCAAGAAUGUUCCAGCUCUCAAUGGUCAUAUGCGGUUACAUGGCGGCUACUUCAAAAAGGAGCCUAAACACCAUCACAGUAAUAACUCAAUUCCUCAAGAGACUAAACAUCAUCAGAUAACUAUUGCACUACAGCAGGAUGUUAAACACACGUACAACGCAGGCUCGGUUGCCGACAUUGACAUGUUGGCCACGGACGACAAUACUGAGGAAGAAGAGUCGGAUGCGAAAAAGUGUGAGAAAAAAGAAGCGAAUGGACCUCCGCUGCAGACAGCCAGUAUGAGUGUGAGGGCGCUCAUAGAGGAGAAGAUCAUUCAGAAGAGGAUCACUACAAGCCUCGGCGCCCACACCCAGACUAGCCUUACUUACUCCAUUCCUUCUGUUCCAAAUGCAAACGAUGCUCCCGAUAAGAGUUCUUCUAGGAGACACUCAGACUCGGAACAUUUUCUGCCUCCAAGAACGCCUUCAGCCCAGGACUCUUCCAGUCAUUCCACCAACCCUCAGGAUAAAACCAACUCCAAGACGGGUGUUAAAAGGGCAAGCUCAGAUCCUGGUUCACAUCAUAGCCAAAGCCCACAACUGCAACUGAACUUUCAGAAUGAUAGUUCGUACUCUCUUGGAGUUUACAGUGGUGAGGAUGGGACUGGUGGGUAUUUCUCUCCGUCACUGCAAGAGGAUGUGUUUCAGCAAGUUCAAUCAGUGCAAGACUCAAUGCUGCUUCACGGUGUUGAUCCAGCUCAACUUGCUGAAUCCAUCCAGGCUGCGGCACUUCAGGACAUUGCUUCAUUGGAGGACUACCAAGACAACUCUCAAGAUCAUCAGUUUCAACAUCACCAAGACCUACAGUCUGUGCUCAACUCUCCUCUCCCAGUGAGCCUGGCAGACUUUGCCUACUCGCACAACCAGAACGGCUCACACCAGUCUUCCGAGAGCACUUACGCACAGUCUCCUCUCCCUUCGCCCAGUUAUACGUACCCGACUCCCCCUGCCAGUCAGGAAGGACAAUCUCCAUCGUUUGGUCCUCUACAGUCUGUGAUCUCAGGUCCCGCUUCCUCACCAUCUCCUCUUUCGGCUGCCUUUUACACUUCGACAAUGUCCAGUUCUGCCGCAGUUGAAGCAGCUUUGAACGAAGUUCUUCCCAUUAGCACAAUACAACACGUCUACCCAUCACCUCCCCCUCAAUCCCCUCUCUCAGCUACUCCGGUGCCCUCCCCCCUGUCACUCCCUGCAUCGUCUUCUUCACCGAUACCUCAUCAUACGCUUCAAUCCCAAAUGAUGCCGAAUUCAGAUGAUCCUCUACUCUCUAGCAGCCCGAAAGACUUUGCAUCUAGGAAAAGAUUUGACUUUCAUACGUUUAAGCUGUUAAAUAAUGGAACGAUCGACUUAGGUACCAGUGGUGCCCAGGAUGUAACGGGAAUCGUUUUGGACAGAAACGGAGAGCUUAAGUUGAUUCAAACUUCAUGUAACUUCCAGCCGGUGAAAGCCACAACGUUGCUGAACGGUACAACUACAGUGUAUGUGAACACCAGGCCUAAAACUGAACCUGACUGUGGUGGAAAGGUGAUGAAGACGGUGGUUACGGGAAAGGGAAUUGUUCAAAAGCCACAUAUUCAUAGGACAAACAGUGCACGCUUACUAGAUCAUAUCAAAGAGGAAAUAAUAGACGAUGAUGUGUUUUUAAGUCCAACCAGUAUUCCUGCCAGCCCAGUGAGAAGCGGCAUCCCCCGCAAGAGGCCGAGACUAGAGACAUUGCAGCCUCAUCACUCUCACCAGUCACGACUCCGCAGUCAGCGCAUACACCACCCUGCGGCUCCCAUCCUACCUUACACACCCCCGCCUCUCCUGCCACCCACUCGUCCUGGCCAAGGUCUCUACUGGCAGGCUGUCACACCACACUCGUGGCCAAGUUCUACCACUCUCAAAGGGGAACUGCCAAUGUCAGAGGAUGGAAGAGAAGAUGUUGGGGAAAACGGUCCAGAGACUGACCUGUCGCCUCAUAUCAACAUCGGAUCACAGUUCCAGUGUUUGGUUCCUCCGUGGAGAGGAGACCCAGAGCGAACACAUCGGCCCAACACUCCUCCAAAAGAACACCUGCUCUGGGACCCUGGCAUCAGCAAACUCACCUCUGACACUGAAGUUGACAUGUACCUGGAGUUUGCCUGCUGUGCUGCUGUGCCCGGAGGUGGCCGCAACAAGGAGUACGCAUUACAUCUGCUCCAUCUCUGUCACGGCAACAUUCAUGAGGCCAUGUUGAAGCUGAUGCAACCCACCCCUUCUCUUCCAGUGGGGCAUCCCCUACUGGCUUUCCAGUACACUGACAGUGACCGCUGGAGUGCUGAAGAGAUGGACGCAUUCCACCAAGGCCUCAACAAGUUCGACAAGGACUUCACAUCAAUAUCUCAGGAGGUUGGCUCAAAGUCAGUGAAGCAAUGUAUUCAGUUCUAUUACUUGUGGAAAAAGAUUUGCCCAGAAGAUUACAAAAGACUUCGACUGGGAAGGCGGAGAAAUAAAGAUUCAGAUUUUGAAUAUGAGUUCUCAAAAUCCGACAUUCCUGCCAAUGAUGUUGAGCUGGUGUCUACAAGCUCAGAAAGCCGUUUAUUUGUAUGCGAGUAUCCAGACUGUUCAGCUAGUUUCAAUUCUCGAGCAGCUCUGAAUGGUCACAUCCGCAUCCAUGGCGGUGGUGUUUGCGGCCGAUCUCCCACUCCAGACAAGCGGCCCGGUAGUACCCCCACACACAGCGGUCACUCAGAUCCUGUAGAAGAGUUUCCUUGUAAAAUCUGUGGGAAGGUGUUCAACAAGGUGAAGAGCAGAAGUGCCCACAUGAAGUCACACAGACCUCCAGACGCAGAGCCCAAGAAGUCCAAGACAGAAGUGGAGUCUGCUGCAUCCCAGCGCCACCUGUAGAGACUGUACCUUCAGACCAAUACUGCAGCAAUAACUACCACCUACUCACACAACGUUUAGUUCAUCCCCGUAUACUAGCUGUUGUACUAAAAACUAUUUCUAUUGUGACAAAUUUUAAAGUGUAUUUUUAUAGGAGGAGAUAUUGUGUAAAGUAUAUAUUCGGAAAGCUGUUACCUCAUUCAUUAUACAGUAUGCAACCAGAUGUAUUUCAGAGAUUUUAUUGUAUUUCUCAUGCCUUGUAUUGAGAAACGGUUUAAUUUAUUUUUAAUACCACUGUUUUCCAGGCGUGUGAUUCUUUUGUAGCUCUAGUACUGAGUCGAAUAAAAUAAUUAUUAAUUCAGCCACCGGUCGAUCGACUUGAUAUUUCUGAGGUACAAUAAUACUUUAGCUGUAUAGCAUUUUAGCAUUUGCAAAUAAGCCCUUGAAAGAAACUUCCAUACCUUCCUUCCACACAGUUGCGGUAUCCAAGUGUGGACUUGUCACAUAUCAUAAUAGUGUGCCUGGAGUUCAGUCUACAACCACUAUUAUAACUUGUUUUAUUUCCUAGAAUAUAACUACAACACCCAUUGUACUGCUUGUUGAUCAUACUUGUACACAUACUUUUGUGAUGAAAAUCAGUAAUUUAUUGUAGCUUAAUCUGACGAGCUGUCUUCAUACUUAGGUACAAACCAUAUUAUCUUCCUUCACUGAAGUGACCUGGUAGCAGCAAGCACAUAUUUUUAUUAAAUUAGAAUACAUUUUAGCAUAUAAAACAAGCUUGGCUAUAAAAUAAUUAACAAUAAUCAGGCAUCCGUGUCAAGCUCCUGAAGUGAAAUAUAUCCUUUCAAAAUUGAACCACAUAAAAAAAAUUACUGACAUAGUUUUUGUUUUAGCUUUGAAUAAAAUUGUAUUUCUUGAACAUUAGCCUCAAAAUGAGAGCUUUAGCUAUUUUAGAACUUUUGAUUUAUAUUAAACGAAACACUGAUUUAUGUAAGAAAAUUACCAGCUUUUUCGACAAAUUUGUUUGUGUCCACACCAAGACAGUAGUUUUAAUUAGUUACACAGGUUAUGUAAUCAACAAUGCUUACUCAUUUAAAAAACAGAAUUUUUAUCACAAUCACAUACUCACUGGUUGUCAAGUCAAAGCCUUAGUAGGUGCUCUAACAUCUACUACAUCUUUACUCAGCAGGGAGAGUGAAAACAAUUAAUUUGUCUUCACAGCUAUAAAUCAAGUUUACACAGUGAUUGACAGUUUUGUUAAUUUUGCUAUUGAAAAUACCAACUCUUUUAUUAUUUUGGUCAAACUUUAUUAUCUCCCCCUGUACUGCUGCUACAAGUUUCACUUCAAUUUUCCAUCCUUCAUGAAAUAAGUCUCCUUCACAAUAGAAUCUUCUUGUGUAGAUUUAUUACUAUUUUUGAUUCAUUUUGUUUUCUUUAUUCAUAAUGUUUUAACUGGUUCCAUUUGAAGCUAUAAACGAUAAUAAGAAGAAUUAGCAAAAAAUCUAAAUGAUUCUCAAGUGUAUAAAAUCUGUACAGAUGUAUUUUAGCUUCUUAUAUUUUUCAAAUUAAUAAUAACGCAUAUUUGAAACUGACCUAAGAUUUUAUUGGAUUUAUUCCCUUUAUGAACAAUUAUUUGUGAUAAAUGUGCUGAUACCAAGGUUUUGCAAACUUUACACUGGGCUGACCAAAUAUUUUCUUUGCCUAUUGGUACCUUUCAUUCUGGUGUUUAAAAUCUAUAUUAUGAAUUAAUUAAAACUAAGUUUAAAAUACACUAAAAUGUACAUUAUUAGUACGGUAUGCUGAAGGCUCUAUAAAAUCUGCCCUUUAAAAUACCUUAAAUUUUAUCAACUUAUUAAUAUGAUAUUUGACUUUUAAUGGCAUAAUGUCAGUUUAUUAAUUCUGA